GUCGGUGUCGUUGGGUGAAUGAGGCGGUUAGGACCGGAUCGACACCCCCAACUGCAUACCCAAGUAGCCUGGUCAUCAGGCUAUGUUCCAGAUGCUUGCGGUUCGAUCUGUCCUGAUCAUUUCUCCAAUGAACAGAACUUCGGGGCCAUGGCAGCCAGUAGCAUAAUUGCUGAGCAACAUUUCCGGCGCAUAAAGCUCCCAUUUUGUGAUCAUCACACAGGCUAAGGCUGGGAUGGAAGGAGAAACACGCUCCUCGACUCAGAUUGCUGGCAUGUGCAUGCUCUCUCCUAAUACUGGUCUUGCUGUACCGAAUGGUUGUUGAGGCUUGUCACUCCCGGUGGCUCUUGUUGAGAAUCGUUCGCAUUUUCAGCAUGGAUAUCGCUCCAUCAUUCGCUCCUUGCGUGCUCGCGUGGCCGUCAACGCGAGAUAAGCCAAGAGGACUCGACGGAUCUUCGCAAUACAGCUGGCGGUAUGAAUCGAGACCAAGUCGCGUGGGGGCCACGCAGAGCAUUGCUGUCUACCAUGGCGAAUUACGGCACUCAGUCGAGCGCUACUGGUUCGUCGAACACAUUGCAGAACAUGCAUAGCUUAUGCAUUGCAAUGGUGCAAGCGUGGACCUAAGCUUCGCAACCGCAUGGCCGCCGGGUACAGAAGCGGUGAGGCGCGUCCUUGAUCUCCUAGACUUGGUUCCUGUUUUGCGACCAAAGUGAGCAGACUUUACAAUGCUGCAAGGGCUGGGCGCUGCUGCAGACCAAACGCCGACGACAAGGGCGGGCGGUGUGUGCAUGUGUCCAGACACCCUACAGUAGCCGUUUACGAUCAUGUAGAGCAGGGCGACAACGAAGCGAUUCGCUCCUGGCGUAUGGCUCCUGGUCCAAUCUCGCCCAACGUUGUCGAUCGUUCAUGUCGCGUAGCAUCGAUGCCCGACGUCAGUUGCCGACGGAGGUAGAAGAGUUGCCUAGGCUCUUGAACUCGUCACGAAGUGCAAUCCGGAGCCUUGAACACAACACAGUCGGAUAUGGACAAGCCAUUGCAAAUGUUGCGUCGUUACAUAGCUUGGAAGUGCAAGAGAACUCAGCUCGAAACCUUGGGCCAUGUGGUUCAUCUCGGCAAGGCCAGAGAAGCAUGGAAACACAAAGGGAAAACCAGGGGCGUGGGGCCCGCCCUGCCCCAUCAACGUGGGAUCAGAUUCGUUUUGCGAGCAAACCAUCAUCGUGGGUCUAUCCGUGGCGCAGAGCAUUUUAAUGGUUCUGAAGAAUCAUAUCUUCUGAGACUGAAACAUGCGGUCAAGCUAUUCCCAUCUGACCUGGUGCGCCACGAGAGGGUAGCAGUAGGGAGAAGAUGGUGACUGCCCCUCGCCAAGUGAUUUGGCAAUGCCAGUCCCAUCCACCGUAGCAUUUUGCGACGACGGUUUGGAACCGGAAGCCAUGUGCUUCAAGCGAGCAUCAUAUCCGAGACGCAAUGCUAGACUGUGCAAUGCAGUGACUCGCAUAUCUGACAGGUGUCCAUUGUGGACUGUAGGAAGCUCCGAGCCGAAGGAAGGAAGAAAUUAAAAGAACAGUAAUUAGGAGACUAAGUGGCGCUCG